UUACGGAGAAAACGCAAUAUCCGCCCGCAGCUGAAAGCCAAAGGCUACUCAUACCGGGGACACAAGGUUUCUAUCCGACUAGUCUUGAGCGUGAGGGCCAUCCGUGGCGCCCUACCCCCUCCCAAACGGGUACAGAGGAAAGAAAAGCGCCUUGGGGAAUUGAUAGUGUGCUGGAUGCCUUGGAUAAUCCCGAGGAACUUCCUGACAAUCUGCUGAACGGGUUGCUACCGAGCUGGAUGUCGGAUUUCCCUGUCACCGUACCGCCAUCAGCAUAUACGCCAGCUGCAGCCAUAGCCAGCACCUCAAGUGUUGAGAAUCACAAACACACUAAUUCAUACCAUUCCAAGUCUGCAGCUUGGACGACCACAACGCAUCAAGCUUCAGGACAGAACGCUCCAGAAUCAACAAGCAACCCUGCUGAGGCGAGCAGUGAGCCUUCGAGCCCAGAAACUUCAAGUGCAGAAACUUCAAGUGCAGAAACUUCAAGUGCAGAGAUUUCAAGCGCAGCGACUUCAAGCUCCGAGACUUCAAGCACCGAGACUUCAACCCCACAGGCUUCCGCCACGAGCGCGAGCCAGACGAGCUCUGAGAUUUCCACAACUUCAACUGUCGCGCAAAGCUCAGUUACACCAAUGUCUGGCGGUCAGGACGUCUUCGUGCCAUUGGCAACGGGACCGAUUCCACAAACUAUCACUGCACGGAAUGACCACCCAGUGCCCAAGAAGGGGAUUGAAAACAUCACUAUCCCCAUCGAGACGAACAAGUUCUACGCCGGUCUUUUCUUAGGGUCGCAGACCAAUGCCACAUUCACCCACCCCUAUGCCAUCACGUGGGCGAAAGGCAGUGGAAAUGCACAGAGCUAUGGCAUGGUUGUAUCCCACAACGAGGCCAACGUCGUUGCGGAGGGACCGACCAAUGCCAACAUUCCCGGGAACCCCAUUUCGUACUACAUCAAUCCGAUUGGUAUCCAGCACAUGAUUCUUUCAGCAACUGAACUCAAUAGCUCAACUGUGCUGACUGCAGAGAAUCUUUUGCCGUUCUCUGCCGACGCUGUGUUGUCACCAUCUAGCGGAUCGAGCCAGAGGAUCACCAUCCCUCUGGUGCAGGGCAUGGGAUUCGUGACAGGAAUGUACACCAAUCUGCAACCACUGAUCCAAAGCAGUGUUUUCUUCAGUAAAGUUGUCACUGCUAGCUCCCCCCGGAUCGGUAUCUACAAAUACAAGAUGACACUUGCCGAUGGGACGGAAUGGAUUGUUUACGCUAUACCGCAGGAUGGAAAGGAUCCAGACUUCCGCUUGGAGUCCAACACAAACUUCCGUGGCCCUAGCGGGUGGUCGGGUACAAUCCAGAUCACUAAAAACCCAGCAGGUGACUCUGGAGAAAAGCUACUGGAUAACUCUGCCGGAGUGUUUGCUUUAGAAGCCGCUGUGUCUGGAUCCGUUUUGAACGGCAAUGGUACAUACAGUUUGGCAUGGGCCAAAUCAGGGAAACAGGUGCAGGAGACUCCUCUGUUGAUGUAUGCUUUGCCGCAUCAUAUCGAAUCGUUUGAUGACACUACAAAGAGCCGGAUGACCAGCAUCACGCUUCGAACUACAACUAAAGGCAACGCAACAGCGGUGGUGGGAGAAACGUGGACGAUGCUUGAACCCAACCUCCCUACGCAGAUGGGCUUCGCUCCAUGGUCGGCAUCUACAGGCAGUGUCAAUAGCCUGACCACUGCUGUUCAAAAGGUCAUCCUGGACGUGGCCCCCACUGAACUGAAUCAGAGCAUUGACCAACAGACAAAUCUCAAUAGCAUGUACUACAGUGGGAAGGGGUUGAGCAAGUUUGCAACCCUCGUUUACACUGUUAGCAAACUAGGCGGUAAUGCUGACCUUGCAGCGUCGGCCUUGCAGAACCUGAAGAACGCCUUUGCCCUUUUCAUCGACAACAAGCAGCAGUUUCCGUUGGUGUAUGACAGUGUCUGGAGGGGUGUAGUGUCCUCUGCAAGCUAUGGCGGCGACUCUGGUGCUGACUUUGGAAACACCUACUACAAUGAUCAUCACUUCCAUUACGGGUACUUCAUUCAUGCUGCUGCCAUCAUUGGAUCCCUUGAUCCGAGCUGGCUCACGACCGCCAACAAGGACUGGGUGAAUAUGCUUGUUCGUGACGCAGGAAACUCUGCAGCAAAUGACCCGUAUUUCCCUUUCUCGCGCGCCUUCGAUUGGUACCAUGGGCACUCGUGGGCUAAGGGUCUGUUCGAGUCGUAUGAUGGCAAGGAUGAAGAGUCGACUUCGGAAGACAGCAUGUUUGCGUACGCCAUCAAGAUGUGGGGAAAGACUAUUGCCGAUGCCAGCAUGGAGGCACGUGGCAACCUGAUGUUGGGAAUUCUACGACGCAGCUUGCACAACUACUUCCUCAUGGAGAGUGAUAACAAGAACCAACCGGCGAACUUCAUCGCCAACAAGGUGACCGGCAUUGUUGACCACACCACCUAUUUCGGCAGCAACCUGGAGUAUAUUCAAGGAAUUCAUAUGUUGCCCCUCCUGCCCUCGUCUUCAUAUGUGCGGAGACAGAACUUUGUUCGAGAGGAGUGGAAUGCACUCUUCGCGUCCAAUGCCAGUGACCCAGCCUCGGCCGUCACUGGCGGGUGGAAGGGUGUCCUGUAUGCCAACUUGGCUUUGAUUGACCCUGCAUCCUCGUGGAACUUCUUCGCCCAAUCCAACUUCGACUAUAGUUGGUUAGACGGUGGAGCGUCACGGACGUGGUAUCUUGCAUUUGCAGCUGGCAUGGGCGGAGGUCCUUGAAUAAGGACCUGAAGCGUUCGUUGAUUUGAUAUCUUCCAUUUGGAAACGCUCUUUCGGAAUUUCUUCAUAGAAUACACGAUGUAUCAUGUAUCUAUUGCCGAUUGUUGCGCGGCGAUGUUUACUAUACCUGUUGAUAUAGCUGACUACUACACUGUGGACGUAGUGACAUAGAUACCUAUUAAUUUACUUUGUUUUUCUUUUGUCAACCCAGCUGCACCAAGUUAAGAGCUGUUGUAAUCUUGCUCUCAGACGUAAGCAUUCUCAAAACCUAAUAUCACCAACGUGAAUACCCACACCCAACCACAUAACCCUAACCACGGACCUGGUAAGCACAUUCGCUCUCUUGCAAGCCUCCAGCGACUAUACAUCAAGCAUAGCCUCGACGCCAUAAACCCGCCUGCGCCAUCGGAUUACCCAGGUGGAGGCGGGGAACAGUAUAGCCUAUCCUGUCCUUUUCACGCAUCCA